AAACGAUUCGCAAGUCAGGUGUUUUCACGCACUUCGCACAUCAGCUGACUCUUCCAAAGAUAACACCCACUUUCCUACGAGCUGUUGAAAGGGUGACUUGUAUCCCUGUACCCGCAUUGUAUUACGAAGUGAACUCUGACAUUCGAAGAUGGUCCAGAAGAUCGCGGGAGGUUUUGACGCCUUCGUGGAGGCCGUGGAACCCUUUAAAGUCGGAAAGCCGGUCUUCGUGCUAUUUUCAGGCUCGAAGACAUCGGGCGGCGUGAGUUGGUGCCACUGUGUGACAGCCGAGCCCGUGGUCAAGGGCGCCGUGGAUAAAGCAGCACCUGAGGACGCCGUCUUCAUCUAUGUUGGCGUCGGAGGCAGGGACUUCUGGAAGGACCCCAACUGUGUCUUCCGGACAGAUGCUAGGACCAAGUUGAAGAGCGUGCCCACGUUGAUGAAGUACGGGACGCAAAGACUCGAGGAGGAGCAGUGCGCCAAGGCCGACAUGGUUGAAAUGCUCUUUGAAGAUGCUUAGGGAACACAUGUAUAUGGAUGCCCAACAAA